AUUGCCGGAGAUUCGAGCCAGUCUUCAGUGCACUUGAAUCUCUCGUCUCGUGAGCACACUGUUGCCCGGCGCGCGGAUCCUCAGCUGGCACAUUUGAGAGCAGUUUGCCCGAACAGUAGCGCGAAAUGUGUGACAGAGUGUGACUAUUUUUACCAUAUUCAGGAUGAGAGGAAUUCGUGAAAUGUGAGAGAUUUCUGGUGACCCAUAAUUUGUUCAGUGAUAUUUCGUGUGAUUUGUGGCGGCACAAUUUGAGACUUGAGGCGCGCAGUGAUGGAAAACUCUGCCUAUGGAUCGGCUCACUUGCCAUCACCGGCUCUCGUGGUGUUCUCCCAGGCCGCCAGCGGUCUCGGCGAGGCUCUGAGGAUUCAGCGACCCUUCCACUCUCAACUCCCGGAUGCCAAGGAUCUGCACCACUUCGCCCUGGGCGGCUAUGGCGCCCAUCUGCUGCACAGCUUCCCACCGCACUUCCUGCACCCGCUCAAUCCGGCCGUCAGCCAGGCGGGAGGCGCCAAUGGGAGCCCCUUUGGCGGCGGAGGCGCUUUCGUGAAGCCCUUUCCCUCCAAUCUGCCUCUGCCAUCGGCCUUUGCGCCCCCGAAGUGCGUCGGACUGUCGGGAUUGGAGCAGAACAUGAUGUUCUCGAGCGGCGGUGAGUCUUUCCGGACGGAUUCCUCGAGUCCGGCGUGCACUUCCCUGUCGCCACCGGUGAAAGAGGAGUCUCUGGAGGGCCACACAAGCGAGGACGGCGACCGGGAUCGGAUUUGUUCGCCGGAAAGGAGCCCGGAGACGCCGGGAUUUCGACCAGCCCCGAAGACAUCAAACGGGGCAGAACCACUUAAUUUACGUUUGGACAAUGGAAUUCAUCCACUCUACCGCCUUCCGCAUGCUUAUUCACUGUCCAAAAGAUACUUCCAACAAGGAAUUGGCGGCGUGACGGCCAAGAAGGCACCCUCAAUGGGCACUCCGCCGCUGCCCAACUCCUGUCCAGUGUGCGGCAUUCAGCUCUCGUCGGCCGAGCUGGAGACGCACUUCCUCACGGAACUGGACAGGCUGUACAAGCUCAGCACUCCGGCUGAGCGGCAGCGCUUGCGGGCGACUUUCUCGCUGCCCGGCAUGGUGGGCUCCCCGGGGCCGGACAGUCGCUGGGAGACGUUCCAUCGCAUCCGCAACAACCGGCAGAAUCGCCUGCGUGCCAAGACGCGAAAGCGCAAGGGCGACUCUGACUCCGACUACUCGCCAACGCGCGGUCCGGUGAUGGCCGGACAGUGCCAAUCGUGUCCAGUGUGCCACGGACGCCUGCAGCGCACGGCCGAGGAGAUCGCCCAGCACGUGGAGGAGUGCCUGAAGAAAAGCGGCGGCGCCCAGGCGGCUGGACAGGACGAGGACGAGACGGUGGAUGUGGAGGGAUAUGCCGAUGACACGUCCAGCAGCGCCGGCACGAUUGUGUCGCACAACAAUAACAACGUGGCCAAGCUCGUGGACUCCAGCCAAACUCCUGGCGCGCCUCCGCUCCUGCUCACGCCCGCCCUGCCGCCGGUGUCUGCGCCGCAAGAGGAGGCGGCUAUCUCCAGCCUCAGCUCGUGGGACAGGAAGCACCGGCUGAGCGCCAACUGCACCAUGACGUCCGUUGCCAGCCAGAUCGUGUCGCGCGUCACGCCGACGAGCUCCAACCAGCGCCUGGACAUGGACUACGACCAGGAUCGCGAGCAGGGACACGCGGCCGAGGUGGACAACGACGAGGAGCUCGUGGUGGACAACACGGAUGACGAGGAGUGUGUGAAGAGGAGUCGCAGCGACAAGAGGGAGGACGCGAAGAACAGCACUGAAGAAGCCACUUCGUCCGUGGAGAUCGACUCCGCCAGCGACUCGAAGCCGCCAAAGGCGCAGCUGGGCAACACACCGGACUCGUACGUGAGCACGUCGGAGUCCACGGAGCCCUCGUCGCGCGCGCAGGUGCUGGAGGAGCUGCGCGCGCGGAUCCGGGAGCUCGAGGGCAGUCCCUUCAAGGCGCGCACGCCACAAGAGGAGGAACACUACAAAUGCUAUAUAUGUAAGGAGCCCUACAAAUCUCCCGUCAUAUCAACAAUUUGCUGGCAUGUGCAUUGUGAUGAGUGUUGGAUAACAAUAUCUGACGCCAAGAAGUCCUGUCCGCAAUGUAAAUUCAUCACCACGACCAAUGAUUUGCGGAAGAUUCACGUGUAGUGUAGAGAAAUCGAAUUUCUGACCGUGCAAUUGUUCACGAGCGUGUAGUUUUCUUGCCAAAAUAGCAGUUAAAAAGAAAGAAAGAAAGAAAGAAAAUAUGGGGGGAGAGAAGAAAAAUUGAUGUGUCACUCUUUAUAGGAAGUUUGCUGUAUAAAUCAAGGAGAAAAACUUGUAUCCCAAAAUAGCGUAAAGAAAGGCAGAAGAAGAUGAAAAAAAAAAACUUAUCAGUAUGACAUAGAAAUAUCCCAGCAUUAAUUCUAGCAAUAAAAAGUAUGACUUAACAGUUGAGAGAAUUAGGUAAAAUUGUAAAUAUAUAUAAAUCCUUCAUUUAGUUGAAAGAGGAGCAUCCCGAGCGAGAAAUUGAUGUUGAGGGUGUGAAAGAGAAUGGAAAUAAAUUAAAUUCCCACUCAA